AUGCAGAGCUGUCUACGCCAAAUCCUUUUCUGUUCUUGCUUGUUGAUAUGCGUAAUUGUUGCGCUGCCGAUUUAUAGUAAUGAUGAGGAGGCGUUGAGACCAAUGACGAAGCGCUCCUUCUACGGCAUGUAUCAACACGUCCCCGGCUACCUGGUCUCCGGCCGGAACAAGAAAAUGUCCUACUACUUUGACGAACCGUACAUCUACGAG